AUGGCUGUCCUCAUCAACUUAUUCCAGGGUUUUGAGGAGCAAAAAUAUGAUGAAUUUGGUGCAGAGGGUGGUGGUCCUUCAGAAGCUCCUCACAAUCCACCCCAAUCUCAGCCUUCUUUCCACGGCCACCCAUCAAAUCAACCCCCAGCAUCCAAUUUCAGUAAUAUUCAGAAACCUCCUGGGUCUCACACCCCAGCCAAUACACCUGCAGAGAUUCCCCAUCCAGUAGCAGCACAGCCCGUCAAACCAGUGCCUGUUCCACGAACCAUGCCAGUGGUCGAUCCUUCACUUCUAAACAAUACCCAGGAAGGUGAUGUGCGGCUCACACCAGAAGACUUUACUCGGGCUCAGAAAUACUGUAAAUACGCAGGCAGUGCACUGCAAUAUGAGGAUGUGGGCACUGCCAUCCAGAAUCUGCAGAAGGCCCUGAAGCUACUAACCACUGGCAAAGAAUGAGACCAUUGUGCUGUCCCCCCUAAAACCACUUUAUCAGAGAUCUGGCCCAGAGGAACUGAAAAAGGGCCUUUUCCUUAGCCCCAUCUGUAUCAAAAAGAGACACGCCACAGGACGCCCCCCCAUCACUCAAUACAACAUCUGUUUCUGCCAUAUUGGAUGUCAAUAGUUGCUCAUUACUAGACCGAUGAGAUACAGAUACAACACUAAAAAA